GGAUUAGAGCGAGAGAGGGACAGAGAGAGAGAGAGAGUGACAGUGAGUACAGGAGAGUGAGAGGAAAGCACGUCGUAGAACCGAACAAAUCUGAAGGGAAAGCAGCUAUAAAGCGUGCAUAUGAGGACAAGAAACACUGAGAAGCAACUUGAAGCUCAACUGGGACAGUGACAACAACUUGUGGCCGCCUGACUUGUAUCUCCUGGCUGAUAAAGUGACCUGCAGAAGUAAGCAUGGACUUGGAUGUGGAGGGGAUUAUCCACUGCAUCAGGCAGGGGGAUGAGUCUGGUGUUGAGUCAUAUCUACAGGAGUUUAACAAAGAGUAUGCCCAGUGCUUCUUCUUUGAUGCAGAGGAGCGCGACCGGAGGAAACAAAGAGAGCUCGAAGAGUUCAGGAAGAAUAAAGUUAGAUAUUACACCGAUUCAGACUCUGACUGUGAGUACACUGAGGAGGACCGUGGCCUCAUCCUCAGACAGAAUCUAGCUAUUGUCCUUGUGAGGUUCAUACGCCAAGGAGUGAAAUGUCGUCUUAUGAAGGUGUGUCUGCGCAGCCUUCGGAUCCUGUCCAGGGACAAAAAGGUCCUGGCACCCCUGGUCACCGACAACGCUCUCCUGACUCUGGCCAAGCUGGCCGGGCUGACCUCAUGUGACGUCGCUGAUGAUGACAGCGACCUUGACUCUGAAAUCUUUGACGACAUCAUCGCUUCUCUCGCUAAGGCCAAAGCCCUGCACAACCAUGAAGAGGACAAGGGUGACAUGGAUGCUGAUGAUGAGGAAGAAGAAUGCCACGCACUUGAUGAGGAUGCGGAGAGUUACAUUAGCUAUGAAAACACUGGGGAUAUGGAUGGCAACUGUGGGUACGGGGGCCACACGACCGGCAUUAACGAAAUGCACAGGGGCGAGGACCACCACAAGGUCCUGCAGCAAGGGAGGAAGGACCGGAGGGAGAGCAAGUAUGAAGUGGAGGAAGAGGAGGAGAAAGAGUCAGGAGAGGAGGGACAGAGGAAGGAGGCCUUGAAGGUGUUGUGUAAUGUGGUGUACAACAGCACCUGGGCACAGGAGAGGUUCAGCGCUCUCAGACUCCUGUGCGGCCUGACGGAGCUGCUGUCCAGGAGUGCCAGCUGCUCGUCUCCCCCCAGUGGACAGUUUUAUGAACUGCGCCUCAUGUUCCUCAUGACCGCACUGCGAACAGAGCUCAGAGUUCAGCUUCACCAGGAGGGAGGAGUGCCGCUCCUCACAGCAGCUCUGGAGAGCAGCCUGGAGGUUCAGUGGAAGGACCAGUAUGAGGCUGUGAUAAACUCAGCAGCGCCUCCCAUUUCCCUGGAAGCCUCUCAGCGCAUCAUAGAGAUCCUCAAAAUCCUCUUCAACAUCACCCACAGCACUCACAGGCAGGAACCGAGUGAGAGUGAUGCAGCUCUCUACCGGCACCUAGUGGCGGUCCUACGUGUCUGCCUGAUAAGGUGCUGCUUGUUGACAGGAGACACCGAUGAACUGCAGGGACACACAGUCAACUUGUUGACCGCACUGCCUCUCCAGUGUCUGGACGUCCUGCUGUCUGCUCCCCUGACUGAAAACUGUGAGCAGUGCCAGGGUGUCAACAUGGACUGUGUCCACAUCCUGCUGAUGUUCAUGGAGCGACGCCUUGAGUCGGGUGACAAGGUGAAAGAGAAGUUGACCCCAAUCCUCAAUCUGCUGACAGAGAGCUGCCGGGCCCACAGAGAAACACGCCAGUACAUCAGGAAAUAUAUCCUGCCCCCACUGAGAGACGUGUCCCAAAGGCCGGAGGAAGGCUGCUCAGUGAAGAAUCGCCUGAUCCGCCUCAUGACCCACCUGGACACGGACCUCAAAUACUGUGCUGCUGACCUCAUCUUUGUCCUCUGCAAGGAAAACGUGAGGCGCUUUGUCAAGUACACAGGCUACGGUAAUGCAGCCGGCCUUCUGGCCACCAGGGGUUUGCUGGGCGGCCAGCCAAGCAAGGCCUCCAGCUCUGGGACCCAGUACUCCAGCGACUCUGACUCCGACACUGAUGAGUACCGGCAGAUCAAAGGUCGCAUCAACCCAGUGACGGGGCGGGUGGAAGAAGAGCAGCCAGACCCCAUGGAGGGCAUGACGGAGGAGGAGAAGGAAGAGGAGGCCCAGAAGCUGAUCAGGCUCUUCAGCAAGCUGUCCAGGGAAGACAUUAUCCAGCCAAUGGGAGUCAGCGCAGAAGGGAAGCUGGUUCCCAUGGCCGGACUGAGGGACAUGUCCCUCACUGAGGAACGGGAGUCUGAGAGUGACAUAGAGCCAGAUGAAGAGCUAGACUGAACAAUUUUCAAAUGCUGUUUUUGUAAACAUUCCAGUUGUAAGGCUCAUCCUACAUAAAUAUCUAUUUUAAAAGUAUGGAUGCAAUAACACGAUGUAGUCUUGUAACUGAGUACACAAGUUAAAUUUAAAAUGCUGUUUGUUUUUCUUUCUCUUUGGAUUCAGAUUUAUGAUGUAGAGCAGCAAUAUUUUUUGCACAGGAUAGGAGUUAAAAAUGACAUUAGGAAUUGUGAAGUGAUCCUAGGAAGGAACUGACUGUGAUGUAAUAACUGAUUUGAAUAAAGCUGUGAGAUCCUGUCUGCACCUA